AUGGCUGAUAAAUGGCAAGCUUCAAUUGUCAUGUAUGUAGUAGGAGAAUUCCCAACUAUAGCAUCUGUUAAGAGAUUCAUGGCUGCAGUUUGGGGGGAUGUUGCCCAACCUCAAGUAUUUUAUCAUGAUGAUGGAUACUUCCUGAUUCGAUUUGCUAGCAAUAAGGAGAAAAACAAAGUGGUUGCAGGUGGCCCUUACACAUUCUAUGGCAAACCAGUGAUUAUCAAGCCAUGGUCACCUGAUUUUAACUUCUAUGAAGAAGUUCUUAAAGUGAUACCUCUAUGGGUUAAAUUUCCCAAUUUACCUCUUCAUUGCUGGGGUUCUGACUCUCUUAGCAGGAUUAGCAGUCUGCUGGGGGUGCAUAUCUGUGCUGAUGAGUGUACCACCAGACAAGAUAGGGUUUCCUUUGCUAGGGUGUUAGUAGAGAUGGAUAUUACUACCACAUUGCCUGACCAUGUGUGGGUUGAGGAUGCUUAUGGUACUAUGUUUAAACAGGAGGUGAAGUAUGACUGGAAACCCGCAUAUUGUAAGAAGUGCAAUAUGGCUGGACAUGACUGUGAUAAAAUUGCUAAGGUAGCUCCCCUUCUUAAGCCAAAUAAGAAAGUUUGGGUGGCUAAAGCUACUCAUAAGCAGCAGGAGACAGUACAACAAUCACAACAAGUGCCAGUAGGGACUCUUACACCUCCUCAUGUCACACCUGCUAUACCCCAAUCAGGUGAUCAGGAUUGA